GAGCACUGCCACGUGUUGCGUUCACUAAUCUUGAUCUCCGUGGCAAUUACCGGCCUCGUCGGCAGUGUUCGUGUUCACAUGCCCGGAGCUGGGGCUCUGGCUUGCCUAGUUCUGGCGUUUGUUGCCUCUUCUGGCUGGCAAGCCGGCUUCCCCUGGCGACUAUCGUCCGUGGCCCGAGACGAGAUGGCCACCGGAGUGGAGGUUUCUACCAGCGUUGUUCCGGCCAGCAAUAAUAAUGAAGAAGAACUGGAAGAGCAAGUGGAAUCGGCGUCGCUAGAAAAAGACGGUAGGUCCGAUGAAGAAGCGACCAUAUUACCGGCCAACUCAACGAUUUCGUCGUUUGGCGCCGAGAGAGAUGAAGCGGAUGAAGCUGAGACAGGGGUCCAGGAAGCCGCAGCCGACAGUACGCCAGCCGGUGCCUCCAGAGGCAGAAGCAAUUCCAGUCCUGUCGCAGGUCUGGCCGCGGCGUCCAGAACUGCUGCAACAGCUCCAGCUUCGAGAAGGGGCGGCUGGCUGUCCAAUAUAGCCCAGCGACUGGAAACUUGGGCCCAUAUCAGAGCAGGUCGACUGGUCGGGAAGGAUGAGGAAAAAGGUUUGGUACUGCCUCAAGCGUCCAGAGGAUACCGGCGAAAGAGAUCCUCUACCAAAGGCAGAAUAGACGUUCUUGGGCUACAGCCCAGUACUGUCCACUACUCAUGUCAGGGAGAUGCUGACCAAGGGCAAUUGGCUGGCAAAGUAGGUUGA